GUUUCCUCUCUUUGUUCUAUUCUUCAUCAAUUCAUUCUCUAAAAAUAUGAAGUUCCAAGACACCGAGCUUCUCUCUUGGAAACAAUUAAUAACCCCCAAACUAACUUUCCUAAUAACAUUGCUAAUCCUUAGCCUACUCAUAUUAAUCACUCUCUCCCCAAUUUCUUAUUAUCCUCUCUUUGGUUACUCAUCUCUAUUGAACAUAGAAUCCAAACCACAUGCACAUGAAUAUGAUGAGUCACAAGCAUCAGAAUAUAAUAAUAAAUGUGACAUAUUCAGAGGGGAAUGGGUGCCGAAUCCAGAGGCACCAUAUUACACAAAUGAAACGUGUUGGGCCAUUCAUGAACACCAGAAUUGCAUCAAGUAUGGAAGGCCUGAUUCUCAGUUCAUGAAAUGGAGGUGGAAGCCUUAUCAAUGUCAACUCCCUUUAUUCAAUCCUUGGCACUUUCUUGACAUUGUUAAGGGAAAAUCCAUGGCUUUUGUUGGUGACUCAGUUGGAAGAAAUCAGAUGCAAUCUAUGAUCUGCCUCCUGUCAAGGGUGGAAUGGCCCAUAGAUGUGUCAGAAAAAUCAGAUUUCAAUUUCAUGAGGUGGAAAUAUCCAAGCUACAAUUUCACAUUGGCAACUUUUUGGUCACCCCAUCUCAUCAAAGCCCAAGAAAGAGAUUCAAAUGGCCCAACAAACACUGGGCUCUUCAACCUUUACCUUGAUGAGUUUGAUGACAAUUGGUCAACCCAAAUUCAAGACUUUGACUUUGUCAUCCUAAAUGGUGGUCAAUGGUUCUUUAGGCCAAUGGUUUUCUAUGAGAAGCAACAAAUUGUUGGGUGCCAUUAUUGCCUCUUAGAAAAUGUCACUGACUUGAACAUGACCUAUGGCUAUAGGAUGGCAUUUAGGGCAGCAUUUAGAUCCAUCAAUAGAUUAGAGAAUUUUAAGGGUAUAACAUUUCUUAGAACAUUUGCACCCUCACAUUUUGAGAAUGGGUUGUGGAAUCAAGGUGGGAAUUGUUUGAGAAGAAGGCCAUUUAGGAGCAAUGAGACACAAUUAGAAGGUUCCUUUUUGGAGUUGUAUAGGAUCCAAUUAGAAGAGUUCAAAAUUGCUGAGGAGGAAGGAAGAGACAAGGGUUUAAGGUUUAGGUUGUUUGAUAUUACACAAUCAAUGUUGUUGAGACCUGAUGGCCAUCCAAGUAUAUAUGGCCAUUUGCCCAAUGAAAAUGUGACAUUGUACAAUGAUUGUGUUCAUUGGUGCUUGCCGGGUCCCAUCGACACGUGGAGCGAUUUCCUAUUACACUUACUUAAGAUGGAGGGUGUGAGAUCUAACCAUGGACAGAGUCCUUAUUUGCAGAGAGAUUGACUAUAGUGUAUAUCAUAAAUUAUAUCUUAUUAA